AUGAAUCAUGAGAAUUGCUAUAGGGAAUCUCUACUUCGUUUCCUCUCUGAUAGAUAUAAAAGUGACAAUAGGGUGUUUUCUUUGGAAACAUUCCAAAAACUAUCUACUUUUAUAACUGAUUUGAUUGAUAAGGAAACCCCCUUAUCUGCAACCGUAGAUACAUUCGUCAAAUUUGAGGAACGAGGGAAGAUAUGCGGAUUUCCUUUCAACAAGGGGGAUAUCAUUUAUCGUUGCAGGUAUUUUUCAUUUGCUAUUGGAUUUAGAGAGUGUGGUCGGGAUCCCACAUGUGUGUUUUGUGCACAAUGCUUCAAUGAAGAUGACCAUGCUGGGCACGAGAUCUCGUAUUCCAUCACCUGCAGCAGUGGAGGUUGCUGUGACUGUGGAGAUUCAGAGGCAUGGAAUGUUGAUCUUAAAUGCUCUGUGCACUCAAAGGAAGCAUUUGAUUCGAAUGCGUCGUGCUUGGUUGGAUUUUCGGACUUUUUAGAUUCGAUUCGUCCCAGCCAAACGCUUGAUUUAAUUGUCACAUUUGUGUCUUUAUUUCCAAUAUUUUCUUUAUACUAUGCUCAUUUUGAUUACAAAAAGGUGCAAAAAAUAAUUGGAUCUUCUUUUGGCAACCUUGAUGCCGCUGUUUGCUCUUUCCUCUGCGGCGAUGGGUUCUACAGUACUUUGCUAUAUAAUGAUGAACUGCAUUCAUUUGACGAUGUUAUCCGAAUACUAAGCCAGGUUUACGGCUAUCCUCGUCCUAAGGGAAGGGAGCUCGCUGAAAUUGGUCGAGCUACCAUUAGCGUUAGAGAAGAUCUCACAAAAAGUGUAACGGACAGAUCUCUUGUUUCUCUUUCCGGUCUCCGUUGUCUUGUUCUGCCAAGCAAUGUUGUAUAUGUUGAGGAGUUUUGUGCUGCAAUCAUUUCCAUCAUUACCGACAUCUUACCUUCCAAGCCUUGGCUUCAAAUUUACUUGUCAUCUCGCCUUUUUAGCAAGGAAUCAUUUGAAUUUAUAAACUCGGUCUCCUUUCUGGAGGAAAUUAAGAAAAGCAACGAUUUUCCCUGCAUCAGUGAAAACAUGUCGAUCGUGCACUAUUUAAUACUGUCCGACCCACUGCUUUGGAAGGAGCUGAGAUCCACAUUGAAGACUUUCUUGAUGAACUCGAUGCUUAAGUUUUAUUACUUCAAGCUGAAGCUUGGMAUUUGCUUUACCGAGUGUUAUCCUACCGUUUUGAAGUCCUUUCUUUCGCAGGAUAUUGAGGCUGAAUAUUCGAUAAUCUUUUUUUCUGUGCAGCUAUAUACGGUUCCCUCCAUUGUCCUUGAGCUGCUUAAAAGCCACAAUCUUUUUGUUAAAAUCCUAAGCUGCAGUAUAAACGGAUUUAAAGAGGCAUAUGUUGACUCUACAUUCACAUUCACUUCGCCUUUUAUUAAAAACAGAAGAUACUUCCAUCCUUUUCAAGAUUUGAGAUACAUAAUUGACGACUCCAGAUAUGAGGAUUUGGGGGAACCCCAAAAGCCCGAAAUUAUUAAGCUUUUGUUGCAAUUUUUCAAUCUCUUUUCGGAAAUGAACAUCAAUGUACACUCCAUCGAGGAGCAUGUGGAGUAUGAAAACGAUUCGUGGAUCCAUGCAUUCAACAUUUCAUUGCAAUGCGCCAAGUUUGCCCAAGAGCUUCAAAAGUACUUUGUUUCCUCUUUUGAGGUUGGAUGCCAAGUYUUGGGCUUGAUUAUGCAGCAAGCAGAUGGUGUUUUAUGCUUUUCACGCCAAAACUCGAGCUCCAAUGCUGUACUCCCGAUCGGUGGCAGCUUUUCGUUCCAUCACCCCGUACAAUUGUUCAUAUCAAAAGAGGAAACAA